AGCAAUGCUCAGGAGCAGAGCAUCCAGGCUGCUGAAGCCCCUGGUGCAUCCCCAGUUUGUUCAGCCAGCUGUGGCCUCUCGUGGGCAUCGCUGCCACAGAGCUGUGGGCUGCCAGCAGAGGAACCAGAGCUGCCCAGCCGCUGCUGGACCGCGAGCCUUGAGUGCUGCCCAGACCAAGGUGAUGGCAGCAGGGGAGCUGCCAGGCCUGCUGGUGCUGGAUGUGGGAGGCCCUCAUGGUGUGCUGGAGGCCCAGGCAGCCCUGCUGAGGAAGCACUUCCAGCUGAUCACCAUGAAGCAGCUGCUGGCCAACAGGAGGGACGUGGGCAGCAGGGUGCAGGCUGUGCUGGUGCUGGAGGGCAGGCCCAGCAUCGACAGGGAGCUGCUGCAGAGCCUGCCCAGCCUCAGGGUGGUUGGCAACGCCGGCGUCGGGGUGGACCACCUGGACCUGGCCCUGAUCUCCAGCUUUGGGGUGAAGGUCACCAACACCCCACAGGCUGUGGCCGACCCCACGGCAGACCUGGGCAUGGCUCUGCUGCUGGCCUCUGCCCGCAGGCUGGUGGAAGGCUGCCAGGUUGCAGUCUCUCCAGACACAAAGCACUUUGCUGUGGACUGGCUGGGGGUGGAGGUCAGCAGAGCCACGCUGGGCAUCGUGGGCAUGGGCAGCAUUGGGUACAGAGUGGCACAGAGAGCCAAGGCCUUCAGCAUGAGGAUCCUCUACCACAACAGGAAGCGCAGGAGCAGGGAGGAGGAGGAGGCAGUCGGUGCCCAGUACUGCGAGAGGCUGGAGGAGCUGCUGCAGCAGGCUGACUUUGUGAUGCUGGCAGUGAACCUGAACCCCCAGACCCACAGGCUGAUCGGGAGGAGGGAGCUGGGGCUGAUGAAGCCUACGGCCACCCUCAUCAACAUCAGCAGAGGUGCAGUCGUUGACCAGGAUGCCUUGGUGGAAGCUCUCCAGGAGCAGGUGAUCAGGGCUGCUGCCCUGGACGUGACCUGCCCCGAGCCCCUGCCCAGGGACCACCCCCUGCUGAGGCUGCAGAACAUCAUCAUCACCCCCCACGCGGGCACGGCCACGGCGCAGGCUCUGCUCGCCAUGGCAGCGGAGGCCGCGGACAACAUCCUGGCUGCUCUCCGCGGCCAGCCCAUCCCCAGCCAGGUGUGCCCCCAGUGAUGGCCGCCAGGGGGCGGC